GAUGAAGGCAACGUUGUGUGCUGUAGCGACGAAGUAGCAUCAGGUGGCAGCGGCAGCACCAGCAGCAACAUGUCGAGCCCGUCUCAACGCGCACACCUGGUGAUGCGUGUCCGAGGCGAGAAAUCGGUUACGGAGUCUCCCAUUGACGACGUCCCAUAUCCUGAAUUUCGUACACGCGCGCUUUCUAAAAGGCGGGACGCUCUAGCUGGGGAGAUUCCCGACGACAUGAUAUCCCUUUAUCGUUUCUGGUCUCAUUUCUUGGCUCGGCAUUUUGAUUUGGACAUGUUUGAGGAGUUUCGGUCAUGUGCAGUGGCGGACGCCACAGGGAAGAUGGUCAGCACAACUGGUCUCGAGAACUUGAUUGCCUACUACGAAACGGUUCUCCAAGGCGAACAGGAAAAGCCCCUGGGUAACAUCGAGUUCCUCUACGGACAAGCGAUAGAACUGGCUGCCAAGGCCGAUAUAUCCUGAAAGCCGAAGGCGACAAGAUAAGAACGUUUUACGAAUUACGCAGCUCGUGUGGGGGUUUCUUCGACAGUUGCCGGGUUCUGGAGGUUACGAUUACACACCAUACCACCUGACCUGAUCUUGGGCAAUCUUUCGCUCUUUCCGAAUACCGUUGAAUUUGCAGCGUUUCUUGGGAUCCGUCGAAGCGAACCCGCCCUUACUGUCGUCACUGAACGAUUGGAAAAGUUCUUUGCUUCUUUCUCGUCAAGGAGGGGAGGGAUUGCAAAGAGAUUGCUGCCGGGUGGCCUGUAAUGCAAUAUGCCCAUGGAGGGGUCUGGAUCAGAAAUAAUCGAGACGGGGCGGAUUAAUCAGAAGAUCGCAUGAGGGACGUUGGAGAGAGGUGAGAUUUGGUCCUGGGAUUGAAGGAAGUAUGCUGCUGCUCUCCCACAGGGAGAAAGCUCCGGCCGCGGGUUGAUGGAAAUUUCUUCCGACGUACUCGACGUAGAACCGACAUGUCAUAUGAAUCGGCCUACCCCCCCCCCCCCCUGGCUCCCUUGGGUGGUUUCUACCUCAUCGUUGAUGGGUUUCCCUUCUCUUUCUCUCGCCUCUUGUUGCUAGACGAAGAAAAAAGUUGUCUUCCUUUUUCAUUUGCUAUGUACAUAGCUUCCACUUGGUCUUUUUUCUUUCUUUUUUUUUCUAGGGAAUCAAAUAGGGAUAGGAUGGGGAUGGGCAUGAAAUGCAUUUGAGCGGUCACAAGAUGAGGUUUUGGAGGUGGUGGUUCAUGUUUUUACUAGACUUCUCGCUACUCUGGUUCUUCGGCGCACACGAGAACAAGAAUGAAAGCAGAGCGCAUCACCAUGUAGAACAAGAUACGUUGGUGGUGGGUUUGUACGGGCACGAGCUACACAAACAAAACAAAAAAAAUGAAUAAAUAUGGAAUGGUUGGCGUUAAUGUUUUUUGGGUCAAGAACUUGUGGAUUUGCUUAGUCGCCUGCACUCCUACUAUGUAUGUAUGGCCAUGCCAUUGAACGACAGAU